AUGGAAAGAAGAACCGUAUUUGCCAUCCGCAGAGCAUGUCGAAGUACGCUGACCUCGUCCGCUAAACCUUUGAUUCGAUCAAUACAUUCCUCCACUCGAGGUUCGGCAAAUCAACAUCCAAACGCAAAUCAAAAUCCAAGUCAAUCUCCUUCAGCCUACGCACUGCGUAUGCAGAGCUUACUCAACACUACUUCUCGAAGACCUAACCAUUCCUCUUCCCUCACAGUCCCACUACACCAACCUUGGCCAUGGCAAGAGAUACCUUCUUCAUCACAAGAUAGUGUGAUACUGCAAAGGACAUUAUUUGCUCGUCCACCAGAUUUCGCUCCUCCGCUUUUACUUUUCGCCGCUGGUAUAUGGGGCUUAUUCGUGUUUGCUUGGCUGGUCUUACCUGAACCACCAAGAAAAGAACUUUCAGAAGAGGAUAAGAUAAUCAUCAGAGAGAAUGAGAGAAAAACUAAAGAAGCGAAUGUAUUAUCACGACUAGGUCUUGGUUUUACUAAUGCCUUAUUUUCGUCCGCACAACCUUUGAUAUAUGGACUUGUAACUCUCGGUCUAGUAAGCAUGAUGAUCGCUUCAACGAAAAUAAUAACUAGGAUCAAUAUGAUACAAAUUAAACCUCGUGAUUCCACGGAUACAGGAAAGACCGUACUGAGAAUGACGAAUGUGGGACAUGAAAUGAUACCUUGGAGAUCAAACAAAAUGAGAGAAGUCAAGGUUGAAGAUUGUAAGGUAUAUAUACCAAAUCUUAAUAAUCCACAAACGAUUCGACUCAAAGUACGGAAAGAGGGUAAACCUGAUAAAUGGUCAUUGGACAGAUUUCCAUAUAGUCUAGAUUACAGAGCCAUUCCUGAAACCAGUAGGACAGAUAAAGAGAUUGUACAAUCGGUCAAUAGGUUGGAACACGUUUUCGGACCAUUGAAAAUGGGGGAGUAA